AUGAAAGCAAAUUAUUCAGCAUCGGCUUCAAGAUCUUCGCUUUCGGCCAUGGAAUAUUUGAAACAAAUACGUGCCUUAACUGCCUUCUCAUCCUUAUUUGAUUUCAAAUCGGAUGCAGUCAAGGUUGACAACAUAAUUUUCAGACUUCACUCAAUGGUGACUGUUUAUAUACUUAUGGUGGGAACCAUGUUCGUUACAAUGAGACAAUAUUUUGGUGAUCCAAUUGAAUGUAUGGGUGGUAAAUCUGACAUUACACCAGCUCUAUUACAGCAUUAUUGUUGGCUUGAGUCAACUUUUUCAGUUCUAUCACCAACAUCAUCUACCACAGAUCAAGCUUACCCUGGAGUAAAGCCUUUAAUCCAAAGCCAAGGAGAUAGGAAAAAUUACCACAAAUACUAUCAAUGGGUUUAUUUUGUGCUAAUGUUACAGGCUAUAAUGUUCUACGUUCCCAAAUAUUUGUGGAAAGCUAAAGAAGCUAAGCGUCUUCGAGCUCUUAUAACUGAACUGCGUAUUCGCCAUAUUAAAGAAAUGUCAGAAUAUGAUCGUCUGCGUUUAGCUCAAGAUCUAGCUGACACUCUGCUCAUUAGUAAUGAGUAUUUCUACUUUUUCAUUUUCUGUGAAGUUAUCUAUUUUAUUCAUCUUAUUUGCCAAAUAUGGUUCACCAAUCUGUUCCUUGGUGGAUACUUCUUUUCAUUGGGCAUCGAGUGGAUGUCCUAUUCACAUAUGGAAGAGGAUAAUCGUCAUGAUCCUUUGAUCCGAACUUUUCCUCGUUUAACCAAAUGCUCAUUCCAUAAAUAUGGUUAUUCGGGUACAAUUGAGGCUCACGAUGUUCUCUGUUUUCUUCCUCUAAACAUUGUCAACGAAAAGAUCUAUGUCAUCCUUUGGUUCUGGUUUCUUUUCCUUCUCAUCGUAACUGGUAUCUACUUGGCUUACCGGUUACUUCUAAUAGUAUGCCCCAGACUUAGGUUAUGGCGGCUCCGUGCCAUUGCACCAUCAACAGAUACAAAGUUUCUGGAGAGACUAACAGCCCGAUGUGGUAACUGGUUUAUCCUAAAUUUUGUGGCCAAUAACAUGAAACCAUCUCAUUUCCGUGAUCUCAUUGAUGAAGUGAUGAAACAACAUUUUGACGCCAAUGGUAAACCCAUUUACAUCUCGGCCAUUUCUAAAAUGUACAAUGGAGUCCAAGCAGCUCAAAACGUUGCCCAAGCAAGCCAGCCAGCAGCUUCAAAGCACAGUAAACACAAAAACAGUCACAAAAAAGGAAUGGAAGUUGGCUUUGCAAAUCCACCUUUACCUGGAUUCACAGUUGGUACAACUAGAGAUCCACCUUAUGGUCAAUCUGUCGACUGGCCGUCAGCAUAUAACAACAUAAUGAAUGCUGGUAAUCAAAUGAACACCGGAAGCUCCGAGCCACUCCAUGAGAACUGGGAUUGA